GAGGCCUCAGAGGAGGCUGAUGGGAGAGGAGACAGAGAGGGCGCCAGCUUGGUCUGUCUGUACCCACCAGUCCACCGGCCUCUCCACCAUCAUCUGCUGAGCUAUGAGCCACACCAGAGAUUUACAGGGAGGAAAAGCCUUUGGGUUGCUGAAGGCCCAGCAGGAAGACAGACUCGAUGAAAUCAACAAGCAAUUCCUGGAUGAUCCCAAAUAUAGCAGUGAUGAAGAUCUGCUCUCCAAACUGGAAGCCUUCAAGAAGAAAUACAUGGAGUUUGACCUGAAUGGAAACGGAGAUAUCGAUAUCAUGUCCCUGAAGCGAAUGCUGGAAAAACUUGGGGCCCCCAAGACCCACCUGGAGCUGAAGAAACUAAUCAGGGAGGUGUCCAGUGGCUCUGGGGAGACUUUCAGCUACUCUGACUUUCUCAAGAUGAUGUUGGGAAAGAGAUCUGCCAUCUUAAAAAUGAUCUUGAUGUAUGAGGAGAAAGCAAGAGAACAGGAGAAGCCAGCAGGUCCCCCGGCCAAGAGAGAUAUCUCUGAAUUGCCCUGAUUUAUGAAUGUAUUGUGGAUGUCUCGGCGCCUUCAAAACCGUUGUCGAAGGAUUUGCUGACCGGGUAGUAGGUCUGAUUGGAGCACAGUAAUAAAAGACAAAGAAGGAAAUUAGUACCGCAUUUCGUAGAGUGAAACCAAUUGUGAAGAGAAUACAAACUGCCAAUAAUCAGAUAUACAAAUAUAUUCAUGAAAAUUGUUAUAAAAUUAAAUGUCUUAGUCAUUGGUUGAUGAUAUGUUAAUGCAGAGGUCAUUCCUACCCUAUCUUUGUUCAAAUGAUUUGCAUGUA